AUGGAUAAGUUUCAGGGACAGAGCACGAACAGUACUGAUAACAUUACAUCAACAGCAAUAGAUGAUGUUUCAUCAUUAUAUUCAGCUUUAAAGUAUGAUUAUGAGGGAAGCAAUAUCGCAAAUAUAAUAACGCAAUUACAACACAUAUAUCAGCCGAAAGAUGGUAUUAUUGCAUAUGAAUGUGUGUUGAAAAAAGUUCAAGAUUUACUAGAAGACUGUAAUUCCAGAAAAAAACAGUUAUUGCUCUCGAUAAUACCUGUUCCAGAUCAUGUUCCAGAUCACACGAUCAAGGAAGUUUUUCAUACAAUUACAGGUUUUAUGAAACUUAAUCUACAGGAAAACAAUAAUACGUUUCAAAAUGUAAAAAAUAUGGAUGGAAUAAUGGACAAUAAUAUUUCAUCGUCAAAGCAAAGUUCUUUAUCUAAGAAUGCGUCGAAUUUUAAGUCAUCACUCUCCGAAGCAUUCCCUUUUCGAGGUUUCCCUGAGAACGAAAUUUCUACGAUUCACAGUCAUGUAAAAAACGUAAACUACUUGUACAAAACCAUAGAAUGCGAUUUUCCUCGUUCAGAAAUUCUAGUUGAUGUCAGUCCAAAUUCUGCAUCAUAUAUUAAUCGACAGGCUGAUUCGUUGAGAUAUCAAUUAAAUAAUGAUCCGAAGAAUUGGUCGAACAGAAAUAAUAAUCAUCAAAUGCCAAUUUAUCAACAAUAUCUGUUUAAUAAGAAAUAUUAUAUACCUACUAAAAUUGGCACAAUUAAUGAAUCAAAUCUUUGGUAUUCAUCAUCUCAGAUAUAUCAGGACACAUGCGCUAUAAAAAUGCCUAACGAUAGUGAGAUAAUAGCGGAUUUGUGGCAAAAUAAUAAAAAUCCCCAACAAUUUAAUAAUCUUAAAUACGAAUGUAAAAAAAGUGAAGAUAAUAAUGAAUUCGAUAAAGAUAAAAUUAACGUUUCACAAACGAUAAUCGAUAUUGAUCAAAAUGCAACAAUUAAACAGACAGUUGAUGAUAAUAUAUAUAAAAUGGAUACGUGUUUGGACGAAGAUCAGAACAUUAUCGUAGAUGCAGACGAUUUUUUAGCACCAGUGCGCGAUAAACUUAAAACAAGCUUAAAAAAUUUUUUAAAACGAGCGCAAGAAGGAACUUCCAUUGAAUUGGCGGCUUUUCCACGCACCAGAUCAUAUCCACAAUCAAUAAUAAGCUCCUUAAACUUGGUAUGUUCUACCACGAAAGACCAGAAACCUGAAACGUCACGCAAAGUUUCAGAAAAAAAAUUUACAUCCAGUGUUUUGCAAAAUAAUAAUAGCAUAAAUAAAGAAUCUGAUGAAAAGGCGAAACCAAAAAUGUUUACGUCCGUAAGUGAAUUGCAAACGAAAAGCAAUUCUCAAGAACUGAAUAAAGCAACUGAAUUUCCAUUACCACAAAAUAAUUUAGAUUACAUUAUGAAAAAGAAAAUAGUUACACGUAAAUGCGAAGAAAAUAAUCGAGAAAAAUCAAUACACGGAUGCAAAGUAGUGGAAUCAAGAUCGAACGCUGUAAAUCCAGAGACCAAUUUUCAAGUUAAUUCAAUGUCCCAAUUAGCUGCGUACAAAAAACAUUAUUACGAAACUUUAUUGAGUGUUCAGAGAGCUAAAGUCGCAGUCACGAAUUCUUUAGCGUCUUCCUCGGAUCAUUUAACGAGUUACGAUGAUCCGUAUUACUCGAAUUACAUAGAUCAGCAGCAACAUCUGUUUCAUCAACAGCGUCAUUUCAUGAGACCGCAGUUUUUAACGUAUCCAGCCGAGCUAUCCGGAUUAUCAAACGUGCAUGGUAAUCAAUACAGUUGGGCGAAAUCAGUCUAUAAAUAUUUAUUAUUGAAACAAUUAAGGCUUCAACGACAGACUUCGCCCCUGUAUACCCGAAAUCAAGACGGUUGGAUUCAUCGCUAUAUCAGACCUGUGUAUCCUUAUUCUUUUACGUCAAACGAAAGUACUCAAACGAAGCAUUUCGUACGCCGUAAGAGUUUGGAAGACAUAGUCGGAAAAUUGAAGGAGAUUGAACGCAACAAUUAAACGAUUAUUUUCCUACAUUGAAGCGAGAAACUCUGUUGAACGAUACUUAUAAAGUUGCACGCACGAAUGGUAUAAUUUUAUAAUUUCUGUUCAUUCCUAUGAAAGAUGUAUAUAGCAUCUUCAGAUAUCAAGAUAAAGGACUAGUUGAUACAAUGGUAACAGUAAGAAUGUUAAAAAAUUCACAUAAUCAUAGAUUGAUAAAAUAUUAAGAUUAAUAUAAGUACAUGUAUAAGCUCGACAUAGAUUUAUCGCUCUCGUAAAUGUUCAUAUUUUACUUUAUAUUUGCUUUGCUUCUGUAUUGAAAAUAAUUAUGUGUUAUUAUGUAUUGAUUAUAAAAAGAUCGUGUAUAACGAUUUAUAUGUACACAUCUCUCGUUGGACAUUUUGAUUCCUUGUAAGACGUGAAUCUUAUAAAGUUCAAUGGAUAUCGCGCAACAAUUUUGAUGAAUUUUGUUUGUAUUUUGGACGAUUGCGUGAUAUAAUAAUUCUUCAAUAGUAUACGCAGAAUAUAAUGUUAUAUUUUUAUAGCUGUCACCAAUUGAACCGUAUUUAACGUACUUAUUAAUAAAUGUACAUUAUAUUCGGUUUGAGUAACAUUACACAAGGUUCACUCUAAUGACUAGAUGAUUUGUGAUAUAUUCUUAAAUAACAUACACAGUCACACACACAACUCCACACAAUCCAUAGUAUAUAAUACUCGUCUUCGAGUUACUCCUAGAUGUACAAAAUGACGUUUAAAAGAAUAUGUGACAAUGCUAACUUAGAUGUUACGUGACUCAUCGAUCAUUUAUUGUCCAGAUCAUUCGGUAUCAGCACGACAAAAUCACCAAGAUAAUAUUUUGCAUCAUUCUUGGUAAUCUGUCAAGCCGUAUUCAUUCGUAAUUCAUUCUCAGACCUCUGCUUAAGACAAUUCACGAUUCUACAAUUAAUGUGUCGCUACAAUUUGAUGUUUACUCUAAAUAUUGGCAGCAUCACAUUAUGCACUCUCACAUGUAAAUUAAAUAUAGAAAUACAAUGACACUAUCAGUACUCACGCGAAUAUAUAUAUGUACUUAUAUAAAUAUUUUAGAACACAUUGGAAAUAUUUAAAUAAGACGAACAUUCUUACUCGAAACACACAACGCGUUAUGUCUAUUAUUUGAUGUGAGAAUUUAGGCCAAUUAAAUUAUUAUGCUAGGAGAAUUAAAGCGAAAAUUGCUAGAAAUUUAUUCUGAAGUUAAAUUCCUAAUAUUUGAAAUCGUGAAGGAAUACACUUUUCAAAUAAUUAAGAUUUUAUACAAUGAUUUUUUGUCGAUUCCUUUUAGCUCGCCUGAUUUUUGGAGGAUAUCAGGUCAUGUACAGACUUGGAUUGUCAUACUAUCACUAUAGGUCAUUAUAUCGAUCGAGCCUAGUAUAUAAAAAGAAUCUGCGCUUAUUAAUCAUAAUUGAAAUUUAUUGCCUGAAUGAUAAUUUAUUCGUACAAAUUCUAAGAAAACAGUGCUUCGUGUAUCACAAACAUGCUGCUAUUUAUUAUUUUGCUUCGUUGAAGCAAAUAAUUGUCGCAAAUAUUAUUGAAGUCAAACGACAGUUUGAUCUUUAUUAUUAGCAAUAAUAAUGACUUUAAUCCAGAUAGCUAAUCCUUUUAUUGAUGCUAUACUUGAUAACAAAUCAUAUUUUCAUGAUUAUUCUUGAAGAAUUUAAAAUUUUAUAAAUAACAAUACAA